UCUCUUUCUCUCUCUUAUCAUUCCUCGCUCUCUCUCUCUCCGUUAAUCCCGAUUCGUCCGUUCGUCUCUCUUUCUCUCUCUCUCUCUCUCUCUAACUUUUUCGGUUUAUGUUUUCUCUGUGCCCCAAAGGCGUUCGGAAGCCAUUUCUUCGUUCAUUUCAAUCCUCUCUCUCUCAUCUUCUUCGCUCAUGGCGUCCCAAUUUCUCAAGAAAUAUGGUCUUAGAGAGAGAAACCCAGACCCCCAAAAAGCCGCACUCUUAGUGAUAGACAUGCAAAAUUACUUCUCUGGAAUCGCAGCGCCAAUCCUUCCCACCAUUAAAGCCACCAUUGACCUCUGUAGAAGCCAGAAAAUACCAGUUAUUUUCACUCGCCAUGGCCAUAAGCCAUCAAAAGAAGACUCUGGCAUGUUAGGUGAAUGGUGGAACAAUGAUCUCAUCAUCAAUGGGACCCCUGAAUCUGAGCUUUUGCCUGAAAUUGGAAGGAAAACCAGUGAAAAAAUCGUCCAAAAGAACACUUACAGUGGUUUCCAUGGCACUGAUAUGGAGGAUUACUUGAAGAGUUUGGGGAAAACUGAGGUUAUUGUCACAGGGGUUAUGACUAAUCUUUGUUGUGAGACCACUGCGAGGGAUGCUUUCGUCAGGGGUUUUAGGGUUUUCUUCUCGACUGAUGCCACUGCGACUGCAGACCAGGAGCUCCAUGAAGCCGCUCUCAAGAAUUUGGGUUAUGGGUUUGCUUACCUUGUUGAUUAUGAGAAGCUGGAAGAGGCUUUUAGUAACAACAAGAGGAGUUCGAGGUCGAUUGUGUAAUUAAGCUUCCGGGCCAGCCUCAGGUUGAUUUCCGGCAUUAUGCAGGACAUGUAAACAUCGACGAAGUUCAUGGAAAGACCGUCUUUUACUGGUUUUUUGAGUCACAAAAGAGACCAAAAAAUAAGCCCCUAGUGAUGUGGCUUAAUGGAGGUAAUUUACUUCUUAAUUGAUUAAUUUGUCUAUAGAUAUUCAUAAUUGAAACAAAUUUUCAAAAAAUAAGCAAUUAUAUGUGAUUGAUUAUCCAUUAAUCGCCAAAAUCAAGCCUUAUUUUGGAAAUUAGCUAUUGGGUGUUUUGUAAAUAAAUGGAAUGUUAUGAACUUAUGAUCUCUUAAAGAGGUUUUUACAGGCAAUAAUAAUGAUGUAAUGUAGUCUGGGAGUGAUAUAUUUGAUUCCAGAUAUUGGAUGGUUCGAAUUUAGUGGAACUUGCAUAUGUAUUCCUUUCAUUUGAAUAUUUUGAUUUGUUUUUUCUCUAGUUGCUUUGAACAAUAUAUAUUUUCUGAUCAUUAUAUCUUUCGUAAUUGUGUUCUAUAAACUUCAAAACAAUAGCUGGUACUGAUGGACAGUCUGGAAUAAUUAGAAGCGGAUGUUGUGCUCUGGAUCUAGACUGAUUUUAUAAUACGAUGAAAUCUAGACCGUUUGUCUUGACAAAAGGAAAUCUGAACCAUUGUUAAGUUAUAUGAGGCCUCGUUGAGUAUCUACGCAAGUAUGCCUUGUGAACAUUCUUGACUCUUUGAGCUUUUCUCUAAUAAUAAUGGAAAGAAUAAUGGAAAAUAUACACUAUGAGUCUUUAUUUUUUGGUAAAUAAAUGUCACAAUAACUACUCGACAUCAAAUGCAAAAUCAGGUGACUUGGAUGCACCAUUGAAUGAGGUCAAGUCCAACAAAAAAUUGUUCUGAUAUUCUAGCAACCCAAUUAUAAAUCUAGCCAUUGGUCAUUGUGAGUUUCUUGUACUUGGGGCUCGCACGCGGGUUGGGUCGCACUCAGGUCUAGGUUCGGGGUUGAGAUCAGUUCCAACUUUUAUGACUGACAGGUUGUGUCCGGGUCCGUUAAGGACGUGACCAACCUGGCCCAGUAUAUUCUCUAUAUUUUAGAACAUAUAAAAUAUAUUUCAUAUUUUUAAUUUUUAAUUUUUGCAUAUUCUGACCCAAACCCAACUGGACCUCGGGCUAGGUUUGGAUCCUACCACCCACUUUGCCUGGUCCAACCCGGACCCGACCUGUUUAUACCCUACUUAUACCUAAACGGUCUUAUAGCAUAAAAAUCCUCUACCUCCGCUGCUGCUAUAUUGUAUGAUCCUUAAGUCUAAUGAUUUUACUAGAUCGGUCAACUAGAUUUCAAACUAUGAUUUAAAAUUAAAAGAAUAUUUGCUUUUCAUCGAUUAUGUUGAUUUUAUUGAUUUAAAAUUGUAAUAGUUAUUACUUGAAAUUACUUUCUUUUCAGUGGUUUUUGACCUAGUGCAAUGAGAUUUAUCAGUGCAUUAAGUAUUUACAUUCUUAUAUUCAGAGCCGUUUUCUAAGUCAUUGAUUAUUAUCAUUAAUUGGUAGUUUUUGCUUGAAAUUACUUUUUUUUCAAUGGUUUUUAACCUAGUGCAAUGAGAUUUAUCAGUGCAUUAAGUAUUUACAUUCUUAU